AUGGAUACGGCUGCAAUGCUUGUUGCGCUGGCGGCGGUCGCCACAGCCGCGCUGCUCGCCUAUUUCUGCGGCGUUGCACCCCACACAAACCGCUGCAGCGCGCCCCACAUCCCCGGCCUGCCGCUGCUCGGCAGCACGCUGGCGAUUGGCCGCUGGGGCGCCGCGUUCCUGUCGUCCUGCCGCGCCUCUUUCGGCGGCGGCGGCGCGUUCUGCCUGCACCUCGGGUUUGGGCAGCGCAUGCUGUUCCUGUGGGACCCGAAGCUGAUCGCGGCCUUCAUGACAUCACCAGAGGACGUGGCCGCCUUCAAACCUGCAGUGCGCCGCUUCACUCAAAGGGUUUAUGGCCUCCCAGGGGAUGAAUUCAGCGCCGCCCACGAGAUCCUGUUGGGACGCCUGCGCCACCUCCUGGUCGAGCUAUGGGAGGCGGCCAAGGGGCUGGUGUUCCAGGCCGCGGGCCAGCAGCUGUUCGGCCGCGCGUUCUUCGACCGCUGGGGCGGCGAGCACCUGCAGAGCACCUUCUUCGUUUUCGAGGAGAAUUUUGAGGUCGCUGCCUCCCCCGUGCCCCACCUCCUCCUCCCCGCCUUCCGCGCCGCGCGCGCCGAGCUGCUGCGCGCUCUGCGCGCCUCCAUCGCCGCGGGGGACUUUGAGGGCACGGCCGGCGGGGAGCUGCUCGACGGCUGCGGCCUGAGGGCGGCGCUGCACCCAAACGUGCUGCUGGCGGUGCUGUGGGCCUCCCAGGCCAACAGUGUGGCGGCUAUGUUUUGGUCCAUAGGGUUCCUGCUGCUGCCGGAAAACGCCCCUCAUCUGGCCGCCAUCCGCAAAGAGAUCGCCGCAGCUGCAGCCGAGGAAGCUGCUGCCGCCCGAGCGGCGGCCGGCAGCGGCGCGGCAGGCGGGCCCGGCAGCGGCGGCGGCGGCGAGGCUCCCACAACUGCGGCGGCCGCGGCACUCCGCGCGGCGCUAGUACGGCUCGCGCUCGACCGGCGGAGCCACGCGUCGCGCUGCGUGGCGGAGUCGAUCCGGCUGCGCGUGCACAGUAUCGCCAUCCGCCUGGCGGGCGGCAAGGGCAUCAAAUGGGACCUGCCGCCCGCCGUCGCCACAGGCAGCAGCAGCGGUAGCGGCGGCGGCAGCAGCGGCGAGGGGGAGCGUCAAGGCGUGGCGGGAGCCUCGCGGCAGCUGCGCGUGCCGCCGGGGACGGUGCUGGCGAUAUGCCCGUUUGUGAGCCACCACGACGACGCCCUGUUCGGCGGCGGCGCGGGGUCGCCCUGGGCGUUCGACCCGGGCAGGGCGCCCAUCCAGCUGGAGCCGGGGGCGGUGGCGACGAGCACGGCCGGGUUUGGGUUCGGCGGCGGCUUCUGGAGGUGUCCGGGGCGCUUCUUUGCAGAGAUGGAGCUGGGGCUGCUGCUCAUGACUGUGGUGCACCACUUGGAUUUGGAGCUGCCCCAUCAGAGCCAAUCUGGCAGCGGCGGCGACGGCGGCGUUGGCGGCGACGGCGGCAGCAGCAAAGGCGGCAGCAGCUGGGCGCUCCGCGCCGCCAGCGCCGCCGCCGCGGCGGUGCUGCCGCGCGCGGCUCUGGAGUUUGGCGGCGCUGCGGCGGCGUGCCCGAGGUUUGAUUUGGAGGCGGCGCGGUGGCGGCGCAGCGGCGACCCGGGCGCGCGGCUGCCGCCGGCGGAGCUGCGUCGCCUGGUGGGCUUCAAGGUGCCGGCCGAGGCGCUGGUCGUCACGGCCAGGCUGCGUGGUGGGGCGUGA